AUGUCACAACAAAUUGAGGACAGAUCACAAUUAGAUUUAGAGCCAAAUCCAUUCGACCAGUCAUUUGGGGCCUCAGAUGACAAGGAUUCAAAACUGCCUUCAAUUUCCACACUUACAAAGCAGCAACAAAGCCAAGCGAGUGAGCGUGGACCUGGACAGCAUCAGCAGCAGGAACAGCAGCAGCCACAACAACCUCCGAACCCAGCUCAGCAUCAGUUACCACCUACUGCUGCUUCUGCUGUUCCAACAUCAUUGCGCUCAGGUCCACUCUCACCUGCAAUGUUACAAGGUCCUUCCCAACAACAUCAAAAUCCAUUUGAAGCAUCAUUUGCACAAAACAACAACAUUAAGACGGGUUUAACGCCGCUUGCAGGCGGCCAAUACCAGCCUCAGUCACCUAACGCUGCAUUCUUCGGAAUGAAUAUGGUUCAACCACCUGCUUUAACUCCUAAUACUGUCAACGCUAUUAAUGGCGUAGUUGCUAGUUUUGAUGGCAGUGGUAGACCGAUUAACCCUGAUCAUCAGUCUGAUGCUUUCCAAAACUAUAGGAACUAUCAACCUCAAGUCAAGCAAGAAGGUCUUGAACCUCCACAACAGAAUCAGCAACGCUAUGAGAGAAAUUCCGGUGACGCGGCUGCUAACGCUGCUAAUGGUCUUUUCUUACUCUCCCAAGCUAGUAGACAUGAUCAGUCUUCUGCCGAAAGUCCGGAAGCUGACGUCGGCCAGAAGAGAAAGCCGGACUCAAUUUCUGCUCCUUCUCCAGCUACUUCCAACAAGAGAAGAUCUGGUGGGGGUGGUGGUAGAGGUAGGGGUAGGAGAUCAAAUGCAGCCAAGAGAGAAGAAGAAGAAGAUGACGAUGACGAUGAUGCAUUCGAGGAUGACGAUGAGUUGGCGAUGCCAUCUUCUUCCACUAGAGCUGGUAGUGCAACUCGUGGUAAUUCAAGCAAAGCUGAGAUGACAGAAGAUGAGAAACGUAAGAACUUCUUAGAAAGGAAUCGUCAAGCUGCACUCAAGUGUCGCCAAAGAAAGAAGGCAUGGCUGCAACAAUUACAACAGAAGGUUGAAUUUCUCCAGACUGACAACGAAGCAUUACAACAAACAGUAGUUGCUCUUAGAGAGGAGAUUGGAGUGCUGAGAAAUGUUUUAUCACAACAUUCAGGAUGCAACGUUGCACAAGCACAAGGAGGAAAUGGAGGUGGAUCGCAACAAACAUCUCAGACACAGAAUCAUCCAGGCCAAUCUAACAAUAUGUUGUCUCCACUUCCAAUGCAAGCACCAACCUUGCAGCAGCAGCAUGCUCAAGCUCAAGCUCAGUCUCAAGCACAAGCACAAUCGCAAAGAGCAAUCUAUUAG